AAUAGAGAUUGCCUUGAAUUUGCCUUGAAUCAUUUCGCAUCAUUCUACUUAUCUGGAGUACGGUUUCAACUCUCAAGUGUAUACCGCCCCCCGCAAAAGAACAAUUCAAUUGCUACCGAUGCUCUGUGUCCGGUGAUACAUUAAUAAUUAUUUUAUGCCUGUCGUCGAUGUAAGCGAUUAUCUUCGAUAGGCUCUUCGUAUGAUGUCAGCUAUAGUCCCUGGGGCGAAUAAUUUGUCAGAAACCACUCCAGAAUCCGACCAUGUAACUGACAGGCAAAAAUUACAAGAGGACUUGUUGGCUGCUGCUAAAAAAUGCCAUCUCAGAUUUGGCGGACGAGCAGAAUUAGCUACUGAUUCUGAUGUCUGCGUUAAUCUGCUGUGUUACAUGUUUGAGUCGAUUUUUAAUCACGGAUUACGUGCUAAUCGCACAGAUAAAUUAAAUUCAGCACUUAGGCACGUUUCAGACUUAGUAUCAGGUGGCUUAUACAAGACUAGUAUAGCUCAAGAGGCCACAUUUUGGCCUUGCCUUAGGGAACAGCUUACUUGGCACGAACAAGAGCGCUUCAGUGUGCUUAGAAAAGUUUGCACAGAUUUGGGACGAGGUAGAGCAUGGCUCAGAGCUGCUCUGAAUGAGAAAUCCCUUGAGAGGCAUUUGCACUCUAUAAUUAAUCCUGAAAAUCUGUCCCCUUUUUAUGAAGAUUGGGCAUUUUUAUUAGACCAAGAAAGAUCCUCAGUCCUACCUAAUGUAGCAGCAGGUCUGGGGACAAUAUUAUUUGCGAUACGGAUAGACAAUGAGAACCUUGAUGACCGUAAUAAGGAAGGACAAAUCGCAGGUUGCAAUAUAUCGCAGUCUGAACCAAUUAUUCCAACAAUACUUCCAGAUUCUUCCAAAAUCGAUCAUGAAAAGCGCAAGAAAAAGGUACGCACUCAUAUAAUCUCAUUUGAUGACGAGGACGAGUACGGUCAGGAAAGCGAAGUUAUAAAAGUGGAUGUAUCUGUCAGUGCACCUCCAACUUGCUUAAGCUCACCAACUAUGACGUCCGUUAAAGACUAUUUGCUGGAAGGUCAGCCUGAUUCCGAUGGUUCAUCUGUUGAGCGAAAUAACACAACAGUUGAAUGGCAAAACGAGCCUGUAGAAGAGGAAAGAGUUCUGACUCCCUUAACUGACGUUGGAAGUAUGGGGGGACUAGUGCCAGUAUCACCCACCGAGGAGCCAAAUCUCGAGGACUUACUCGUCACCCCUCCAAGUUACUCCGAUGAUGUGCAAGAGGUGACAGAGGCUGCGGUAGAAGCUAUUGAACCACCAACUGGUUUGGAAAUACAGAAAGAUGUGGACAAUCUUGAUAUUGAAACUCUACGCAUCAGGUUACUCGCUUUUGCUGAACUCCUCGACCAAGCUAAAGAAGAUGCGACAGGCAGUAGAUUACAGCUGGCCCGUUUUCAGAGGCAACACCAGGAUCAAGUUGAGAGGCAUGAUUUGCAGCUGCAAGCAUUGCACAGAGAAAAUCAACUUCUUAGGCAACAAUUGAGGAAGUAUGUCACUGCCGUACAAAUGCUUCGGAGAGAUUCAGACUCUACUAACGUGUCAGAAGAAGAUCAUUCGUUAGAUUACCAUAACGAGGCACAACAAUAUCAAGAUAAACUGGUGCAAGUAGCCGAAAUGCAUGCGGAACUAAUGGAAUUUAAUGCCAGACUGACUAUGCAAUUAACUAACAGGGAUAGGCUGGUGAAAUUACUGCAAGCGGAAUUGGAAUGCCUUCGAGGACCAUUGAGUGAAGAUGGACUGCCAAUGGAACCACCUUGCCUCAUACAUAUAUGGGUGCCAUCUGCUUUUUUGACUGGGCAGUCAUCGGAUAUUCAUCACGUUUACCAGAUAUACGUACGUAUUAGGGACACGGAAUGGAAUAUCUACAGACGAUAUGCGCAAUUCUACUCACUUCACAAGGAACUCAAGAAACACGAUGCUAUCGUAACAACGUUUGAAUUCCCUCCCAAAAAGACAAUAGGAAAUAAAGAUGCUAAAUUCGUAGAGGAGCGACGUCUAAGGCUACAGCAAUGGUUAAGAAGAGUUGUUGGCCGGUUAGCUCAUUGUUCUCCAGCAUUUGCGGCUAGACCAAGCAGACAAACUCUCGUAUCGUUGAUGCCUUUUUUUGGUGAUCUUCCAAACAACGACGAUUCAAGAAAAAAAGGAAAUCCGACGAGAAACACGUUCUCAACGUCACCUCAGUAUACAGGACUAUAAUUAAUACGUUUACCUAGAUAAUUUGUACAUAACAUAACGAAUUCUUAGUUUACAUAUAUUUAACUACUGUACGUAAUAAAAAAUAUUUGAAAGCUGGUCUUUUAUACAAAGGUCGAAUCAGAUAUAUGUUUUUGGUAGUUAUACUGAAGAGGAUACAGUAUAUUUUAUUGCAUCUGGUUUUUAUCGAUUAGAAACACAGUGACCCGUAAAGCCCGUGCACUUAUCAGAUAUUUGAUAGUCAAUUUUUAUUGGUGAUUUGAACUCUAAAGGUAUUUCUUGCAUCGUGUACAAUUUACAAAGUCUGAUACUAUCACACAUAGGUUUUACAAAAUAAAGAUCUGUGUAAAUUUUAA